GCUAGUGCCGAAGUUAGUACUAAAUUUUCCAUUCAUGGUGUUUUUGUUGUCUCUCAAACACGCAGGCGGCGGUAUUUUCUUCUUGCGCGACGAUUCUCCACACAAAAGGCAUAUUUCCGUGCUCUGAAAUCGCGUUCUGGUUCGGUCGAUCGGCUACGAUUAUCCCCCGAAAGAUACACGGGAGUGUUCCGGAUAUUGUGCGCGAGGGGCGACAAGGAUUUGUGGCUGUAGUUUUUCCUCCUGAGGAGGGCGUCGAAUGCGCGUGGAAUUUUCUUGCCAGCAGCACUAGUUCGGAUUACGGGAAGAGAGAAGAAAAAAAAAGGCAAGGACUCAACCGAAAAGCUAGAGGUGUGCUUUUCACCGGCAUCGCGUCCGGGAAUUUUUCGAGCGAAAGACGAUUACCAUUGAUAAGAGGCGUUGAAUAACAUCUAAACGCAGAAAAGCGAAAGGGGAAGAAUUAGAGGCGAGCAUAUUUUGUCAGUAGACAAACGGAAGAUCAACACCAUCGGCAUUAGCUGAUAAAGGUGAAAACAUUUAAGGCAAGGAGCAAAGCAUCUUCACUACUACUAUCACUACUUGUUGCGAACGACACUUUUGGUGGAUUGCAAGAAGGGGCUCAAUAGUGAACCAUUUACUGAAGUCAAAAUCAACAGCAUGGGUGACGCUAUCAACUUUGGACCGGCCUGGCUCCGCAAGGUUGCUACCUUCGAUAGUAACGCCGUGAGCAGCAUCGGUGGUCCACCCCAUAGUAACAACAACAACAAUGCCACCAACAGUAACAGUAGCAGUAGCAGCAGCAUCAGCAACAAUCAGCAGACCAGCAGCAGCAACAUCAACAUCAACAACAACAGUACCAGCAGUUUGAGCGGAGGAGGUGGCGGUGGUGGCGGCACGAUGCCAGGAGCAACGGCAGCAUCGUUGGCGGCUGCUAAUGCAAUGGCGGCAGCAGCAGCAGCCGCCGCCGCUUCCUCGGGGACGCGCUAUCCGCUAGCCGAAUUUCGAUACGGGCGGGAGGAGAUGUUGGCACUGUUUGACAUCAAAGCAGUCAAAACGCCAGAGAUACUGCCGAACUUCAAAUAUCUCUAUAUAGAGAAGGUGCAGUGUCCUCUGGCGUUGACUCCCUGUACCGAGGAAGAAGGGACACCGGAAGCGGAUACCAGGCGCCUUUGGCAAACUCGAAGCAUCUCCUUGGGUGUGCCGGGACGCGGGGCUCGUGGCGGUUCGGUCGAUCGAGGUAGAGGUCGCGGUAGGGGUGUCUAUCUUGGUGGUUAUCAACGGUCAACCUCUUUCUAUGACGAUGAAUCCAGGAGCGUGGGAAGAGGUGAUCGACCAUGGCUGGAACGGAACGGAACCGGUGGGCCAAUCGGAGGCGGUAGUACUGGACCUGGAGGGCCUGGCGGAGCCGAAAUCGAUUGGAACAAUUCGUCUUCGUCGCCGCGUAAGGAGUUUGGUGUACGGACUCGGUCUGCGAACAUGGAAAGCUGGCGUAGAACUCGACCAGAGGAGGAACCCACGGCCACGGAUUGGCGCAGUGGCGGUUUGAAUACGAGCCUUUCGGGAUCUAACUUGCGGGACAAGUGGUCUCGAUCGACUAGCUGGCGGGAGGAGGACAGCGGUGCAGGCGACGGGUCCGUGUUGGGUCGUCCCGGGCUGAAUAGCUUGCACACGUCAGCUAGUAGCGAACGUAUGAUCCCUUCAUCGGGGGUCUAUAAACCGCGCAUGUCCGCCUUGAGUGGUCCUGGUGCUGCUGGUGAGCUGAAUACUAGUGGAGGUAGUAGUGGUGGAGGUAUUUUGAGACGUCAUUGGGAUACGGAGGAUCAACUUCCGGAAUGGGCUACGGAAAAUCCAUCCGAUUACGGUGGAAGCUUCGAUGCCAGUGGUGCGUUCCAUGAUUCGGAUAAUGACAAUGACGGCCGUCUGGAAGACGACGGUAGUAGAGAGAAUCACGUUGACAGGAAGCAUGGACUUGUCCCCAGUUCCAGAAGGAGUGUAUCCUCGAAAGAAGGCAGCGAAGCAAAGGAAGAAGUAAUAGUAACCAAUCAUCUAACGGAGAAUCAAAGUUUGGUAGAUGAUCUGUCCAAGGUGAAUAAAAAAGAAGACACACCGAAGACUGAUCAAAAACUGGAACCAGAAGUUGUGAAACCAAAAGAUGAAGUCACUAGUGUGAAGGGCAUCUCAUCCUCCCGAGAGUCCGUCGUAAAUUCGCACCUUCCUCCAAGCGAUGUUGCAAAAACGACCCCCCAUGAAAAGGAUGCUGAUAUUGAUAUUCCGAAAUCGGUUGCCAAUGAUUUAGCUAGUAGUUCUGUAAGCAACAUUCACAAACCCAGUGUGACUCUUGACAAAGCUAACAAUGAGGCGCAAUCUAGAGACGAGCCGAAAAAAUCUGCAUCUAGUUCUAGCGUGGAUCGCAUGCAAGAGGUAGCAGAUGAUAUGGUGGCACAAUUGAUCAUGGAUGAUGAAUACACGGGAACCAGCGAACCGGAUCCCGUAUCCCGUGCGAUGGACAAGUCUCCUGUUCUUGGUGCUCAAAUUCCGAUCAACUUGCUUCUCUCGAAAGAUCCUGUAGCGAUGCAGCAACUUUUUGGAUCCGGCAACAGUAACAGUAGUGGAGGAAAUCGAAGCAUGUUGACGUCAGAUAUGAACCGGUCAAUGUUGCAUGGCGUGGGCCCCCAAAUACCACCAAUGGUGGCAGGAACCGAUAUUUGGUAUUACCGUGACCCUCAGGGCAAGGUGCAAGGUCCAUUCCCUGCUUCCGAGAUGACCGAGUGGUAUCGGGCCGGCUAUUUUGACGAUUCUCUAUCCGUGCGACGUGCGUGCGAUGAAAUCUACACUACCCUUGGUACGUUUGUGGCUCUCUGUAGCGGUGCCAUUCCAUUUUUGAACUCGAUGAACAUACCACCGAUUAAGAGUAGUAGUGUUAAUUCGAAGCCACAGCAGCAGCCACAACCUCCGCCUGGUCCAACAAGCUCAUUCCAGCAACAAAAAUCAGCUGCCACACUCCAACAUCUCCAGCAGCAGCAACAACAACAACAGCAACAGCCUCCGCAGCUUGAUUCUGAUCUUUCGGCUCAGUUCCAGUUUACGAAAAAGCUGCAUCUGCUGCGUCAGCAGAGUCUUCUCAUGCAGAAACUAGCGUCUUCUGAAAACUGGCCUCUUAUGUCACAAGAGCAGCAGAAUGCCAUCAUCGCUCAACAUAUGGCCCAGUUACAGCUGACUGAUAGUAUGCUGAUCUCGCCUUCGCUUCCAACACCAACCAGCUCAUCGAAUCCGCCGAAUCCGGCAAGUAUUUUCGGUGGCGUUCUUCCGCCAUCACAGGAUUCACUAGUCAAUCUCAAACAGGCCCAGCAACAUCAAGCCCAACAUCAGGCGGCCCAAGUGCAGCAGUCGCAGCCUCCUUCACAACCUGGUCAACAUCCGGUACUAGAACAGCUGCAAAAAUCUAACAGUCUGACUAAUGCGUUCCAAAAGAUGCAACUACCAGACUUUGGACCGUCGCAACCUGGUCGCCCUAUGCUUGGUAAUUUGAAUGUCGAUCACACUGCUGGCCAUGAUCAUAUUGGGCAACUCGGGCAACUCCAUAAUAUUAAUUUUAAUCACCAACCGCUAGUACAAAAUCAUCCCCUCGGCUCCAGUAUGCUUCUGAAGCAUAAUCUGAUGGGCAACCUUACACAGCAGCCGCAACAACAACAACCACCCCAACCCCAGGUACCAAAACCGAAUCUGGAAAACGAUCCCAUACAGUCGUUGUUGAUGCAACUAUCGAUGCAUAAACAACAGCAGCAACAACCACCACAGCAGCAGCAGCCGCAACCGAGCAAGAAUCCACUCGAAAUGAUGUCACCUUGGUUGCAAACCCAAGGAAUGCCUCCACAGCAACCGCAACAACAACCAUCCCAACGCCCUCUGAGCAGUGGUUGGGGCGAUUUGCCACCGACGAGUGCCACUUCUUUCGGUUCAUUGAUGCAGCAGCAUCAACAACAGCAGCAACAGCCGCAGCAACCUUCGACUCAAUCGCAGCCUCAACCGGUUCAUCUGGGCGGAAACCAUCCGCUCAUGAAUGCCCUCAACUCUGCUAACGAACCGCAGGCCCCAUCUGUCGUUUCACUGUUCAAGCAUCAUCAACAAGCAGAGAAACAAAACCAAGACAAGCUUGUUGUUGAAUCUCAACAGCAAAACCAUUUGCAUCAGCAACAGCAACAACAUUUAUCGCAGCACCAACAGCUGCAACAGCAGCAGCAACAACAGCAGCAACAGCAUCAUCAUCAUCAGCAACAAUCACAGUUGCAACAACAGCCUUCUCAACAGCAGCAACAGCAGCAACAACAACAACAAAUCAAUCAUCAGCAGACACAACAACAAAAGCAGCAACAACCACGGCAUGAAAGUGUAACUGCUUUGCAGCAACAACAUCAGCAACCCCAACAGCAGCAGUUUAUUUCUCACUCUCAAAAAGAGGAACGUAAAGAGCAGCAUGAUCAUCACUUGCAGCAAGCUCAACAACAGAUACAACAGCAACAACAAACACACUUCUCGCAAGUUGCCAAAUCCGACAAACCAGUGAGCAACAAUAAGCAACAUAGCAACAAAAUUAUCAACAACAUUGAUAAUGAUGAUCAACAACAGCAACCACCACAGCAACAUCAGCAGCAAUCUCAAAAAUCUGGCGUUGCUCAGCAGAAGGGAAAUAAGAAGCCGCCAGCAAAUCAGCAAAACAAACAGCACACUCCCGAUGACGAUCAGGGAGAGUUUAUCAACAUGAAGAAAGAAAUUGAGGAGAAGAAACGACAGAAAGAGUUAAAAAAGCAACAACAGGAAGAACUGAAGCGAAAACAGCUGGAAGAGAAGAAAAAGCAGGAAGAGAUUGAAGCCCAAAAGAAGGCUAAACUGUUGGAAGUUCAACGCAGAGAAGCGAUCAAGAUCCAAGAGCAACAGCAACCAACACCGCAGCAUCAGCAACAGGCUCGCCCGGCUGCAAAGGCUGCUCCGUGGUCUGCUACUGCUGCCGAAACUGCCAAUGUCGGAGGGCCCAGCUUGGCUGAAAUUCAGAAAGCUGAACGUGAACGUCGUGCUGUCCUGGCUCGUCAGGAGCAAACACUGCGCGAGCAACAGCAACAGCAUGAAUUGCUCGAAUUACAAUCUCAACUGGAUAGUAAGCUCAAGUGGAACCCUCAAAAUCUGGUACCACAGAACAUAAAAUCCUUGGCAGAAAUCCAAGCUGAAGAAGCUGCAGCUGCUGAGCGUACUAGAGAAAAGAAUGCGGCAACCAUUACUGCUGCAGCUAUUGCUGCAUCGGCUGCUAAAGCCGCCAAGAAAGAUGAUAUGUUGGGAACGGCAGUCUGGCAGAACCAGGGAGGUGUACUUACCUGGAACACGACCAAGUUGUGGGGUAACGGUGGUGACGAAAUGAGCUCUGGUGGCUUCUGGGAGGAACCAAAUUCCUCAAAUAACAAAAAUGGUCGUAAGCAACAACAAAACGCCCAUCAACAGCAACAACAGCAGGCACAAAAUCAGAAACAACUGCUGAGUAAGAGUAAGACAAUGGGCAGCAUUUCUACUGCUGCGUCUUCAAAUGCUGUGGCAGCCGCCAAGCAACAGCAGCAGCAAAAGAAUCAUCAGCAACAACAGCAGCAGCAACAACACCAGGCUAAGAAUGCUACCGGAAAAGGAGCUUCAGCUGGUGGAAAGAGCUCUGCCGCAUCUUCGCAUGCCGCUAAAGACGAGCGUGGACAUCGCGGCGGAGACCAAACUAACGAGUUUACCGGUUGGUGCACUCGUGCGCUAACCUCCCUGAAUAGCAAUGUUGAUAUUCCAACAUUCGUCGGGUUUUUGCAGGACAUAGAAUCACCGUUCGAAGUGAAGGACUACAUUAGACUUUAUCUCGGUGAAACCAAAGAGUGCUCCGAGUUUGCGAAGCAAUUUUUGGAAAGACGUUCCAAGUACAAAAACCAGAUGCGCCAGAAGAACGCCCACAUUGAUGACAUGUGCAAGCCGGCCCCGGCCAUCAAUCCAUCGUCCAACGAUUUCCAAGAAAUCAAGGGCAAAAACAAGAAGGUGAAGAAGGGCAAGAUGACGAAGCUCGACAAUCGAAUUCUGGGCUUUUCGGUGACCGCUGCUCCAGACCGUUUGAACGUUGGCGAUCGCGACUAUGGUGAUAAUGCUUAGAAGACUUCGGUCCCCGUCGUGCUCCGGACUACUAAACCGGACAAACGGGGCCGAAGAACUGUGGUAAGCUAGAAAGAAGAAAAAGAAGAAGGUAAAGGAUGCAGAAUUACACACAUUUUCUGAAUUUUGGAUUCUGUUGAGUUAAUGAAGAUGUUCCGAUAAAAAGGGCACAUUACUUUAGAUAGGAAGAUCGAGUGGUAAACUUCAGACUGCCACAGAUAACCAGAUCAGAUCCUUAGGAAGUUAGAUAUUUUAUGUAUGUUGGAAUACGAAAAAAAGGUUUGGUACCGUUUCUUAGGUUGUAAGUUCGAGGCAAUCGUUCGUUGUUAGUUGUUAGGUUUUUCCCUUUUCGAUCCCGAAAAAAUCGAUCAUUGUAUACCUCUUUUGGCUGAGAAAAAAAACCAUCACCGGAAAUACGAAAUGAUCAUUCGGCAGAAAAAGUUCGCAAAACCAACAUUACUGGAGAAUGUAGGCAGAGUUGUAAUAUUUUAUUAUUUUCAUUUUCAUCUUGAAAGAUACAUAUGCUAGUUGCGUUCGAGUUUGAGCAACAUAAUUUGCAAUGAAUAAGAUUUGAAGCAGUUUACGAACUACUCUGUUGAGUUGGUUGGUUCUUUUUAAUGCUUACUAAUUGAAUUUAUUUAGAGUUAUCUUUCUUAUUUUCCGAUUGAUGGAAUUCGUUGAAAAAUUAUCUACGUUAUUGGAGUUGUACAAGUUGUACAGAUAUUCGCUGGGAAAAGAGACAUAAUAUAGCUAUGGAUUAAUAAUUGAUUGUUGAACUGUUGAUUGAAUGAAAGAACUAAUCGAACUGCUUUUUUGAGUUCGCUAUUUUGUUUAUUUACCUAAUGUCUCGCAAAAUGUCACACCGCCACAUCAACACUUUUAACUGAUUCUCUAGUAUUUCAUGAGAUGGCAAUUUUCCAUUUGUGUUAUUUAUUAAGAGUUAUUACCAAUAUUCAAAUUAGGCAUAUUUAUUUCAAUUCAAGGUCACAAAGAUUUUUAUUUCCACUUUCCUUAACGAAUUUCAAAUAAAUGUUUCUUGUUUUUCUAAAAUAUGUACGUACACUUAUACAAGUCUACGUAAGACUGUAUUCUUUUUGUUUUAUCCAUAUUUCUAAAUUAUGAAAGAGUUUAAAAGUGAAACAAUAUUUUAUCAAACUUUUUUUUUGAUUUACGAAUGGUUUUAUUAAGGCAUUUUACUUUUUUUUUUUAUCAAAAUGGUCGAAAGGAUUCAGUUUUUGGAACACGUUUUGAAAAUAGGUGAGAAUCCAUUUCAUAGCUAAUCAGAACGAAUGGUUUUGUAAUUUUUUCUGCCAAUGAUUUUUUUUCGGGAUCAAUUCGACUCUGUUUUUUAGUUCGCUGCAAAAUGUAUAACUAUCAUGAAACAAUAAAUGAAAGUAAAGUAUCCAACUAUUAGCAACACAUAAAAUUAAAACGGAAAAAUAAAAUAAUUACAUAGUACGAAUAACAAUUAGCAUUACUGUAAUACCAUCAAAAACCAUAACGAAUCAACAGAGCUAUCAAAAACAUAUGAUCACUAACAUCAACAAUUAUUAUCGAAACAUAGCCAAAAAUGUGUGUAAUUUUACGUGUGGAGAUCGUCAAAUAUUCAAAAAACGAAAAACUACCGUCUCGGAGACUUUGGUUCGAUUGUUGAGUUACUAUUCUUCUUGUCAGUGCAGAUAAGCAAACAUAUUCAAACCACUAGAAAUAAUACACGGGACCCAGUUUUCUUUAUAUUAUUGCAUGGAUAAGUCGAACGACCUACUCUCUUUCUCUCUUCCUUGGAUUUGAAUUUAAUUCUCUCAAAAACGUCUGAUUUACAUUUUCAUAGAAAAUCAAAAUACGAAAACCUCAAAAGAAAAAAAACGGAGAGAAAGAGAUACUGCAACAAGUGUGUAGUAACAACGGAAGAUGUUAAGUUCUAAACUUUGUUUCCUAGGUGAGAAAUUCAAGACAAAAACAAAAACUUCAACAGAGCUUCCAUCAACGGAUUGUGCAAAGACCAAAAUCCAGAGUUCUGGAUAGAGAGAAAAAAAAACUUCGUUUAAUUGUUCAAUAGACAUGUUACACUUGAAAGCUUAAAUGCAAAAAUUAAAACCAGAGAAAGAGAGCUAUUUUUAAAAUAUUAAAAUUUGUUUACUUCUUCGCGUUUCUUCAGUACUUGCGUGUCUAUGGCUAAAGGGGAAAGAUUUUAAGGACAUUAGAUAUUUGAAAAAUGGCAUAAGCUGAUGAUAAAGUUUAUUUUUCUCUUCUUUAAGAUAACUCGUUAAGAAAACUACAACAAUAAAGUGACACGUUUAAAAAAACGGAAAAACUGCUGCUGCUGAUGAUGAUGAAACAAUGAUGAUGAUGAUAAUGUUUAUACGAUAAUAAAAAAUAAUCUAAUAAUGAUAAUGAUGAUGAUGCUGCUACUUGAUCGUUUUACUGUAUUCGUUUGACAAAAAAAAACUAUUAUCCUUAUUAUACAUCAACCACCAGUUUAUUUCCUUUCUGAGAAAAGAGCAAUGGAGUUAUAAUUAAAAAAUGCCGAUCCCCAGGAUCGCGAUUGUUUGUAUGAUCGUUCGAGAGGCGGAGGCGAACUAAAUAAUGUUACAGAAAAAAUACAAGAAAAUCAAGCGCCAAGCGAAAGAAAAAAAGUAAGAAAACUCGGAGAGAAGAAUGCGACAUUUAACAACAGAAACAAAAGAACGUCGUUGGAGAAUUACCAAGAAGGGUACCGUUAAUAAUAAAUCAGCGUAUGAAGACGAAAAACAACACAAAACUGAGAAAAUAAGAAAGGAAAUUGUAAAAUUAGUAACAGAUGAUAAACAGAUGAGAAGCCAGAAAAUGAAAUGAUGAUACUUUACACAAUUUCGUAUAUAAAAAGAAUAAAAAAUAGAAGUUAUAUACCUUUGAAAAAUUCA